CUUGUUUUUGCAUUCUGUCUAAUUGCACACCUAAUCGUGAUCGAAGAAUUUAUAUAGUGCUGUAAGUGAACUACACACUCUCAUGGCGCUAACUGGCUUAGACUAGCCUUUUCGCCGAGUCACUGGCACUACGCUGUGUUGCAAGUCACCCCAAAACCAUUUUGCUCGGCAUUCAGCCUUGGCUAUGAAUUAUUGCCAAGGUAUUAAAACCCUCCAUCUAUGCAGUAGACGACCCCAGCCUCCCCAAAUCACCCAACACCAAAGUUCCUCAGUGUCCAUCAUGAAUAGCCUCUUCUUCUUUAGUGCUCUCAUCGCUGUGUUCUCCUCCACCCUAUCUCUGGCAGCUCCCGCUGAAAAUGAGCUAAUGAAGCCAAUUGAGAGUACUGAUGCCAAUGAUAUCACCGCCUUCGAUUCCAACUUUGAGCUGCUACGUCGUCAGAGUUGUUCAAGUGGAUAUGGUUCAUGUUCUGAUGGGGGCUGUUGCCCACUUGGAGGACAAUGCUGCAUUCUGCAACGAUGCUGCGGCAAAGGUUAUUACUGUGUCCGCAAUGCCGCCAGCACGAGGGUGGGCUGUUGCCCUAACGGUAGAGUGUGCUCCGCUCCUCAGAGCACGGAGAACGAUCAGGCUGAGAAUGCCACUUUGGAAGAGCUGUCUUGAGCAACGUGGUCUAAGGAGCGUAGAUAAUUUGAAUCAGUGUAUGUCGCGACAGCAACAUAAAUAAUUAUGAGCUUAUC